AAAAAAAGAAUGGGCCUGAAAUUGAAAGCACUGCCGGCAGCAUACUUUGUCCCACAUGAGAGCUAAAAGCACUAAGCCCCAACUACUCUGACUAGCUGCGCGCCUCUCUUUCUCUGUCGUGCUAUUCGAGAACAUACAAGUACAGUCUAUUAGGAGGCUUCACUUCGCUUUCCCUGUAUCUCGGACUGCGUGGGCCGGGGAACCGCAAGAGUCCCCCACGUGCGCACACACAAUGACAUUGAAAUAGAACAGAAAUGAAAUAGGACACUUCCUGGUGACAAUCAAAGCGGACAAUGAUAAUACUCACGUCGCAGAGCUUGGCGGAAUAAUAAAAGGAUACUUGCGACAGAUGUGAUCUGAUCUUCUUUAGACGCUCUGUGGGAGAUGCAGGGGGGUGCACACUGUGUACCUGGGGUCGUUAGGGUAGGGGAUUUAUGCUUUUCUGGAGAACAAUUAACAAACUUAGGGGUCGCAAGAAAUUAGAGGAAGAGGCACGAGUACUAUGAUAUGGCAUGCAGCUCUAAAAAGCCCUCUUUAGGAUAUUCCUUCUCUUAUUUUAGGACUUAAAUUGAAGUGUUCGUUUGGAAAAUCAUUGAUGAGUUCCCCCGAAGCGCAGCGUGCGCCCCGACCUUCAUAGUGAAUUGAUCUUAAGGGCUUAUAUCUCAUUUCAAAUUCCGUUGAAAUAUUUUUCCAGACCAGAGAAUGAGACCUUGAGAAUAUCGACUGGAGUUUGCCAAAGAGAAAAAAAUUGAUAGCUGUCAAUAACUUCACCUUGUCUCUCCUUCUCGACUUUAGGACUUAAGCGUGUCAAACCGAUAGAAAAAAAAGCUUUCUCGUAUGAAAAUAGUUUUCAACAUUAAAUGUAGUGAGGUUAACAAGCCAGGGAAACAAAACAUUGGAGACCUUGUAAACGGAUAAUUAAUUUAAUUACGAGAUAUUACGACACUUGUUAAGGUAGAAGUGGGGAUGACUUAUUAAUGAAAGCGUUUAACAACAAAAAGGGCCACCUUGUUUUGAACAUGAAUCCCAUACCCCUAUGUCCUCUUGCGAACGUGUAGUCGGUGUAUGUCCAGAUGGCUUUUGCCUUCGAGCGAGAGGUUUCGACCGGAAAGGGGCGGUAGGCCUUUGUGUUUCCAAGCAGCCAUACGCUUAUUAUUCAAACAAAGACUUAAGCAAAUCUCCUUUUCUCUUCACCACUCGAAAAUAAGCAAACCCGUUUGAGCCUUUCAACCCAAAGCGUGUAGUUGAAAAAUUCCUUUUGAUUUUCUUAGGCGUCCUUGAGCUUAUUAGCGCUCUUCGUUUCUCCAGCGAUCAGUGUCACUUAGAACAUUCUUGUUUUUCCAUGGGGAUGGCCAAUGAGAUUGAAUGAUUUAGGAAUCUUACGAUCAUUCUUAUCUUAAGAUCUUUAUUACUGACGUUAGAAGGAUUGUGAAAAGGCUCGGACCUGGAGCUUACACUUAAUACAGCGCGUUGAUUGGUCGAGCAGGUCUUUGCGGCUGUCACGCGUGUCACACAAAUACCCCGCGCUGGUGAUGACGGUUGAAUCAGACUCGAUCACUUCGCCGCAGUUACGGGUCAUUAUCAGCAGUCGUUCAGAAAUGGAAAAGUUCGCUGAGUUUGUAUCGUCCAUCGGCCAAAGCGCGCGCUCGCCAACUUACAUGCAACCAAAUGCCCCGAUUCCUCGGGCAACCGCAGCGCCAAACUCCCCUCCAGCUAACUACGUGAGCUGCGAUAUGGCCCGGCAACACGGAACACUCUCCAUGAGCACUCAGUCCCAAGCUGGGAAAUUUUCGCCUCCCGUCGGAGGUUCUACUCAGCUUUCUCCCAGUCCUCAGUCUUGUAUGGAGAUGGAAAACGAAAAUAACGAGUCUUCUUCCAAACGUAAAAAGCGUCGAAAUAGAACCACGUUCACUUCAUUUCAACUCGAAGAGAUGGAGCGGAUUUUUCAGAAAACGCACUAUCCUGAUGUUUACACGCGCGAACAACUGGCACUGCGCUGCGACUUGACAGAGGCAAGAGUUCAGGUUUGGUUCCAGAAUCGUAGGGCCAAAUGGCGUAAGCGCGAACGCUUUGCCCCAGUCCCCGUUCCUGUACGGUCACUCACCAUGGGAUCUAUUUACGAUCGACAUCCGCAGGCCCCAGCUUGGUCGCGUCCAUCUAACAGCUGUAUGAACCCGACAGGGCAUGGGGCGGGGCCAAUGCCUCAUCACAUGUCUGUACCAAGUUAUGCACCUGUUGUUCACGUGCAUCAUCCGUUACCACCAAACAGGCAUUCUCCGCGGUCGCCUUCACCAGAGUCUCCUCCUCACUGUGCUAAAGUGGGUGCCAUGACAACGUCAACUUCGGGAAUGAAAAGAUCGCCAAUUGCUCAUCCUAACGUUACCAUUUCACAGCAUGGCCCUUCCAAGCAACUUCCUCCUUGUGCGCAUGUUCCACAGCAACGCGCAAGUCACUCCCCUGGUGACGGUUGCCAUGGCUCGCCGGGCUCUAUGACGUCACAAUCUUAUUGCGAGGAACGUGAGCCCGCGUUACAGAGUCCUCAGCGUCACAGCUCGAGUAUUGCCGCGUUGAGGAUGAAGGCCAAAGAACAUGCAGUUGGAGUGGAUAUGGGAAGAACACUGAAUGGAAGAGCAGAAAACUUUCUCACUCCCUAUGUCACUGCAUUGUCAUAAACACCGUUGUCAUAAAGACGUACCGUGAUGGCCACUUGUCCUGGUCGUCUGCCGCUGAUGUACGCUGGGUAUGAAGUUUGCUGUAAAGACACGGGAGUUAAAAUCUAUUUUUUUAUCUUAACCAUGUCCUUAUCACUCUUACGGGAAUCAUCCACUGAAAAAGAAGUGAAAAUAUUCUGUCAGAAGUGGGGAGAAAGAUUAGGAAUAAGUAUCAACUCUUUGGAUCGAUGUCAGUGUGUGACCCACUGCGCACCUACCCGUCCCAUAACCCGAAAAAGGGAAGGGUAAUGAUGGGUUAGGGGAGGGGCGGGUACGCAGUUGCCCAGAUACUGAAAUGAUUCAACUCUUUCAGGGCUUACGUUUUGGAAGUGUGACGUUUCUUGGCUGCUACUAUUGUUUUGACAAUCCCCGAGGGUUGUAACGUGGGGGUGAAAAUUCCAUAACUGUUUGAUAAUGAUAGUAGCAAUCACACAACGGGAUGCGUUCCAAAUGUCGCUUAGCAGGAAAUUUCCAGCUCUCUUCUUUACAUAUCUGUUCGUUCAGUUUACGAAAACACUUGUUCCAUCCGUGGAUGUUUCCUUGAGAAUAUUGGGCUCGUAGUGUUCGUUUUGGAUAAAAUAUUGGUAGAAAAAAGAGGAGAGGACAAAAUUGCUUGUGGGUGGGAGGGGAGAGAAGGGACGGGUGUUUAGUGAAAUGCUUUCUUUGAUAUGUUCUCAAACAAGUCGAUUUCUUGGUUUUCACACCAUGGUAGAAUUUAUUACUGUCCUUAUUGUCUAAGGCUUGGUAUUUGCUUAUUCAAAGCAUGUUCUUAAUAAGCGGUAAAAUAAGCCAUGUAGUUUAGCUAAGCUUGUUCAUGUCUUGGUUCUGCUCGUAGCACUCUGAAGGGAAUUGAAGAUUAUUAUUGUAUCAAUUGCUUUUUUGAUGUACAAAUGGUUGCGGAUAUUACAUGGUAAAUUUAUUUUUAAGUAUAGAACUCUGUUUUAUAAGCUAUAAACAGACGAGUUGUUUAAGACAUGAUGAAGAUAGUGUAAAGUUUUCCUUUUUAAACGCGGGUAUAUUAUUCAUCAUUAGUUCGUGGCGAAGAAGACGCACUUCGCUUUAACAUAGUUAAAGAUAGGGGUUAUAAUCAAGGUGCCUCCAUUACGACAGAACAUUUACACUUCCCUCGAAAGAAUUAUGAUGCUUCUCGUAAUCUGAUGCAACGCACUACAUUUUGGCAACCUACAAUUUCCUAAAGAGAUCUCAUAUUGAGCGAGGUAGAAAUGGAAGGCGUCUGGUGUUUUGAAAAUUUUUUCCAUCAUCAUAUACUAACGUACUUUGAAUGGUAAUUUGUUUAUAUUAUGGAUGGUUUAGCGAUGGGUGAUACCUUUUUUUACAGUAACUGAUUGUUGUUUCUAUUAAUAAUGGUCUUCUGAUAAAGUUGUUGUUUAUUUAGAUGUGCGAUAAGUGUUUUUAAGAACCUUUACACCAAUGUGUGAACCCUUUUUACAACCUGGGAUCAGUACCCAUAUUCUCUUAAGUCCUCUCUAUUGUUUUCUUUUGGUGCCGACAAAGAGAAUUCGUUUCACAAUCAAAGUUUCCCAGGUUGGCAAACAUUUCCUUUUAUUCUCGUGAUCUUAAUGAAUGUUUCAAUAGUAUUGCUUUCUAGCUAGAGAAAUGAUAUGCUGACCAUUCUUGGGCUUUAAAGGGUCAAUACAGUCAGAGUCUCUCUAUUUCUUUCGUUGGCUUUUACUUGGUCUGUUUGUUUGGCUUUUAAAUUUUCGUUAACACAACUACAGGCUAAACUUUCCUCGACUGAAUUUAGUCAGCAAAACCCUGCUCUCUCCUCAUUAGAGAAGUCUGUGUUUUUGCAUACGAACAUCUCAUUUAAUAGCCUGAACGUGGACUAAAUUUCCUAGUAUAAUUGAGAAGCUCUGGAGAACCAUCCAAAUGUUAUUGUGUAAGGACUAAAAGUAGAUAUUGUAAACUUGAUAGCAAACAAGUCGUUUGUGAAAACAAUUAUUCGCUAUAAUGUAAAGUAUCUUUAGCUUGGCUUUGUGAAUUAUAUUUCAAGUUCCGUUCAUGGAGUCGUACACAUAAAGAGACGGGAUAUUUUUAAUAUUGUGUCUUGCUUUUUUCACAUAUGAGUGUUGUAUUAAAGAACAAAACUGCUUCUCGAAGGCACAUUGUA